AUGUCCGACGACGAUGAUGGUGCGACUGCGACGCCACUCCAGCCAUUCCGAUUCAAGGACGAUGCAACCCGUACAGAUGAUGCGCCCAGUGGCGGCACCACACGUAGUCGGAAGCGGCGCCAUCACCACGGCUCCCAUCGCUCCGACAAGGACAAGCAGUCGCACAGCCGAUUCAAGCGACGGCGACGCGAAGACAGUGAGACUGCUGAACAGUCAAAUGGCUUGAAUCUCGACGAUGCAUUCAGGGAAUCUUUGUUCGAUGCCAUGGGUGACGAUGAGGGUGCUAACUUCUGGGAGGGCGUCUACGGUCAGCCAAUUCACAACUACCCAAACACAUUCGUGAAUGAGGACACUGGCGAACUCGAGAUCAUGACUGACGACGAAUAUGCUACGUACGUUCGCCGCAAGAUGUGGGAGAAGAGCAGGGAAGGAGUCGAGGCGAAGCGAGAAGAGAGGCGCCAAGAAAAAGCUCGCGAAAAGGCUGAAGAAGAGGCAAAGCACCAACGUGCCCGCAAAAGACGGAAGCCGAAAGUUGAUGGAGAAGCAUAUGACAACUUCACUUUCGACUUCGCGAUCGAUGCCAGUCUGCGACGUGGACAGCAGCGCAAAGAUCAGAAGCGCUGGCGUGAGCUGUGGCAACAUUAUCUUCAACGAUGGGAACAGCUACAGGAAAUGGCCAAGACACGAGAUCCAUCACAGCCAACCGAGAAUCUCUUCCUUCGUAACAAGAUUGCAUGGCCAGUUGAGUCGGGCCAGCGCAAGGAUGUCAAGGCGGAGGAAAUCCGACGUUUUAUUCGAGAUGCCACGGCAGCGGUCCAAGCUGACAAUGAUGCAGACGAUGGGGCUCUAUCAGCUGCUCUGAAGGUAGAAAGGGUGAGGUGGCAUCCAGACAAAAUCCAGCAAAGGUACGGCUUCAUGGAGAUUGACAAGUCGACGAUGGAGGGUGUUACGGCGACCUUCCAAGUGCUGGACACGAUGUGGAAUGAGCUUCGGAACUCGAAGCUACGAUGA